UGAAAUAUGUAAACAAAUGGUUGAGUUCUCAUGGCGGGGAGACAGCGUUUCUGUGGACAGGGAUUAUCUAUUCAAGCUACUACUGGUGUGAACACCAGUACGCUGCUGGGCCGGUUUGACGGACAGUCCAGGCUGCUGCUCACUACAUUGAUGUCCGGAGUUUCCGGGGCCAAAGCCGCGCUGACUGUCUUCCAGAGACAGCAGCGGGCUAACUCAGAGUCUACCCUAACUAACUUCAUACUGACUCUAUGCAGAGACGAAAUUGCCUCAUCAGCUGAAGCUCUGACACUUUCAGUCAAACCACUCGUCUGCCUGUUUCCACCAGUGUUUAAACAGAACCUGCUGAUCUUCCUCUACUUGGUGAACUCUGCUAUUCCUGGGCCCACCGUCCUGCUGCUGCUCAGAUGUCUUGCUCAGGACUCCAAUCCAACCCCCUGGGUGAGAGCUCUGGGCAGACAGCUGGAGAGGAAACUGGAGAUGAACUUCAAGGAUCCUCUGUACUCUGAACAUUGCAGGCAGAAACUGAAGCAGCUAUCGGAGAAUUUGGGAGGUUCUAGUGAGGCUGGAGGUUGGGCUGGAUGCUUCAACAGUCAAAAAGAGGAAUCUGAAUCCUAUUGUAGACUUGAUUUGCUCGAGCAUGGGACACAGCGGAAAAGACGGGCCAGUGUUGAUGAGGACGUGGAUGCAGACGGAGAGGAAGCAGUGCAGGAGAGUAAAAGGUUGAAGAUGGACAUGCAUGUUGAUGAGCCAGUAGAUGCAGAAGACGAAGAAGUGAGGAUGGACACACAAGGGGGAUCUGCAAGUGCUGCUGAAACACCUGCAGACAGACCGCACGAUGGUCUACCUGAACACAUCAGGGUAAACAUUGGCUCUGUUCUUCACAUGAAAGAGUUACUGGAAGGUCAGGCUGAGUGGGACCAGAGCGCCACAGAUGUGUUCAAAGUGUUAAACGAAUGCAACCCAACCCAAGUGGAGAUGUUGUGUGAGACACUGAACUUUCCCAUCUUACCUGAACACACCCUGCCUAAGCUGUGCAACAGCAUUUUGUCCCUCUCUCCUGAUCUGAGCUACAGUACUGCAGCAUCCCUCAUUAGGAGCAUCCUGCUGCAGAAGGUCUCGUCCCUGUCAGAGCCGGCCUCCAGGUGUUUGGUAACGGCGGUAACUUCACUGUGCAGCCGCUAUCCCCGGCCGAUGUGCCAUUCAGUAAUCGAACCAGUUCUGGAGGACAGGAAUAUAGGGCCACCUCAGACAGAGCUGCUGAACAGACUGAUAGAAAGCUGCCUGGAUUCACACUACAGACUGCUGAUGCUUCAAAUGACAUUCAGGAUUCCUUGGAGUGAAGCAGUCCUCUCCAUUAUCCACAGCUUGCUUGACUCCAAGCUGCUCUUGCAUGAAGAAGUUUUCACACAACUCACAGAGGAGCUUAUCAGCCAGGGACCUCACUUCACCACAUCUGUGAAAUUUGCCAAAAUGAUGUUAACAGUUCUCACCAAACACAGCAGCCACGUGACUGCUGCACAGAAACAUUCUCUGACGAGCUGCCUGAAUUCAAAUGAGACAUUCCUGAAGAAAUCACUUCAAGCUUCUUUGAAACGAAUCCCAGACGCAUGACUCCAGAUUUGACUUUAUUGUCAAUAACCACCAAAAUAAAUCAAAUCCAAAAAAAUAACAUACAUUGUCAGAUUAUGUUCCAACUCAUCCAUCGCUAGACAUGAACUGCCUGGAAGUUUUCUUGCUGUAUUUAUUAAUAUAUGCAAAAGCGACAUAAGAAGGAGCAUGUAAGCAGAUACAACCAGAAAACAGUAUUUAAUUUGAAUUACUUUUACUUAUAAAAAUAAUCGAGCAGGGUUUUUCCAAAGAGCUACAGAGGGGAAGAAUGUUUCCCUCUCAAGUUUAAAAAAUAUUGUUGUGGGUACUUAUUUUCCUAUUUAUGGCUUUUUCAAGUAUGAUCCCUGCAAACAUCCCAAUACUUCAACUAAUUUUUACUGAUAGAUAAAACAAGUAACACCUGGAUACUUACAGUUAGCAUUAAAGUUCAGCUUUGCCAGAAUUUGAAUUCAGAUGAAAUUCUUGUUAAACUACAAUUAAUAUCUUUAUCUGAAAUAUCUAAAACUUAAACAUUUAAGUUGGUUAAAAAAAAGCUAUUUUUUUCCACUGAACUGUAUAGAA